AUGGCUUUGUAUACGGGGAACAAACUGUUGCUGUGCAAGGUGUUCCCCUUAUCAUUUGGGGAAAUCGUAUCGGAUUGGUUUCACCAGUUGCCGAAAGGAACUGUGAAGAGCUUGGAAGGCCUAACCGGGAUGUUUGUGGCAAGGUUUGUUACAAACAAGUUGCAACCACUAAGGGUAGACUACUUGAUGGCUCUGAAAAUAAGCAAGGGUGAAGGCCUCAAGGCUUGUGCUAAAAGGUAUUAUGAUGUGUUCAACCGAAUACCGGGAUACAACCAGGAAUUGGCGGUCGUGUCUUUUAAGAACGGCCUAGAUGAUGAAUGCUCAUUUCGAAUGUCGCUGGCAAAAACUCUACCAAAUAGUAUGGAGGAGCUCAUGGCACGGAUCGAGAAAUAUGUCAGAGCAGAAGAGGACACGCUAGGAACGAAUGCGCCGCAACAAGAGAAGAGAAACAGCUCGCCGAAGCGAGAUCGAGGUAAUACUGGUUUUAACAGGCAGAAAAUAGGGCUGAGGGCUGCAUAG